AUGCGUAUUUCUGCUCUUUCAGUCGGAGUAGUGUUGGCCAGCCUUGUGGCGGUCGCGAAUGCUGGGUGCCCUAAAUCUCCAAACGUCCGCGACUCGCCGCCAUGUGGAGCUACUGUUGUGGAUCAGAGCGGCAAAUAUCCAGGAAGUUACCAGACUAUUACGGAGGCCAUAGAUAGCCUGUCGCCAACGUCCAAUGCUUCUAUCUUUAUUUUCCCUGGCCUUUUCGAAGAACGCCUUGUCGUUUCAAACAAAGGCCAGGCAUUGGCUGUUUACAUUGAAUGUGACAAGUGCUCUAUUAAUGCCUGCAGUUUACAAGGGUAUCAGGACACUGUAUGCGCCAACAAGGGUCUUAUACUCUUUGCUAAGACGCACAUCGUUGGUGCCGUCGACUUUAUUUUUGGACUUUAUGCUGUAGCGUGGUUUGAGUUCUGUGAUAUUGAGGUUGUUGGUCCAGGCUGUAUCACUGCCAACGGCCGAAAAGACGCCCGCAGCCCAUCCUUGUUCGUGUUUAACAAGGGGAAAGUGUAUGGAAAAAACGAAACUUACCUUGGUCGCCCGUGGCGUGAGUACUCCAGAGCUGUGUUUCAAUUCUGCUAUCUUGGGCCCAUCAUCAAACCGGAAGGCUGGCUAGAAUGGAACGGCGACCCUAACACUGAAAAUGUGUUCUUUAAGGAAUUCCAGAACACUGGCGAUGGUGCAGCCAGGGACAAACGAGUGAAGUUCAGCGGUGAGCUAACCGAAGCUCUCAAAAUUACCGACUACUUCACCUCCGACUUCAGAAACGAGUGGUGUGACAAGAGCUGCUUGUAA